CUGCACUUGGACCCCCGUUAAUAUAUUUGGAGACGCCCUUGGAAACGACUGUUUUUGACGCGGUGCUUUGCAGCACUGGCAGACAAACAUCGGCCCGUUCACAGCACUAAAUAUUGCAACAAAAAAAGAUUAAAAAAGAAUCUUACGUGUGAAAAAUUAGGGAAAGACAGCCUAGGCAUUCCCAACCACCACCAAGUCGAGGUAGCCAAAAUGCGCUACCAGUAAUUCCAACGAAUGCACCGAGAAAUAGCAAUCCCAUCUUUUUGCUGACCCUGCGGGCCAAGAAAGAAGUAAAUAACACAACACGUCAGAAGUGGAAGAGCACCAUAUAGACGAAGCAAAGGCGAAGAUCAAAAUUGCCGUUAUACAUCUUGGAAGUCCACAUCGCCAUCGAGCAAGCAGAUAGGCGACGAUGAAGGCCAACAGCUGGAUGUGCCUGCUGGCGCUGCUUCUCGCCUGGCAGCUGCGGGCGGAGGAGCUCCAAGGGCCCAACACUGAAGGCACGGGCAGCAGUAUGGCCUCGGCUACGGCCACAGGUACGGGUACGGGAACCGGAACGGGAUUGGGCACGGGGACAGCGACGGCAACGCUGCCCAAUGAGCCCUCCACUCAGGCGGAGGCGGAGGAGGUGACCACGGCGGAGUCAGAGUCACGGGCCCCAUCGGAAAGCAACGAACGCAAGGCAGCCAAGCCCAAGGAGUCCACGGAGUUUCCUCCCAAGACGAAGAUCAUGCCGGCUGCCCUGCUCGAACGCCUGUGGAAGGACAGUGUGAUGAAGCAGAAAAAGCUGAAAGCUGAGAUCGAGCGCAUCAUAACAAAACGCCAGCCCACGGAAGUGUUGCAACUUACCCCAGACCAGUUAGAAGCUCAUACCGUGUACGACAACGCCAUGUACAUGUUAGCCAAGCCAAGCACGGAUAAGCGGGUAGCCUUCAUUCUCCUGAAGAAGGCUGCCGCCUUUAAUCACCUCAAGGCUAGGGCGGAACUAGCCUGGGCCGUCCUGCUGGGUCACUGGAUGGAACUUAAUUUUAACUAUGCUGCCGAUGAGUUUGAGAGUCUGGCCAAAGAAGGUGUCCCAGAGGCUCACAUGGGCCUUGGUUUCCUUUAUUCAGCGGGCGUUGGCGGUAAAAACGUAAGCCAGCCCCUGGCAUUGAUCCACUAUAAUCUGGCUGCCCUCGGUGAUAAUACUCUGGCCCAAAUGGCCAUGGGUUAUCGCUAUCUUUAUGGCAUCAAUGUGCCCAUUAGCUGUGAGAAGGCGCUGGUCCAGUAUAAGCGAGUAGCCAAGAAAGUGGCUUCCCAAAUAACCUUCGCCAAUGGGCCGGUUGUGCAUCGUGUGAGAUUGCUGGACGACCUAGAGAAUCCCGGCAGCCCUGAAACUGAGAUUGUCGACUAUUACAAACUGCUGGCCGACAAAGGCGACAUCCAGUCCCAGGUGGGAUUGGGUCAGCUAUAUUACCAGGGCGGCAAGGUCACCCAGCAGGAUCACCAAAAGGCUUUGGAAUAUUUCACAAAGGCCGCCACUGCAGGCAAUGCAGUUGGGUUCGCGUUUUUGGGCAAGCUUUAUCUGGAAGGAAGUGAUCAAAUCAAGGCCGAUAAUGAUGCAGCAUUUAAGUACUUCUCCAAGGCCUCUGAAAUGGGGGAUCCAGUCGGUCAAAGCGGACUGGGCCUCAUGUAUCUAAACGGCUUAGGAGUGCCCAGGGACUCCAUCAAGGCUUUAUCUUAUUUCACUCAGGCGGCUGAUCAAGGUUGGGUUGAUGGGCAACUGCAGCUAGGCAAUAUGUAUUUCACUGGCAAUGGCGUUAAAACCGACUACAAGCUAGCCUUUAAGUACUUCAACCUGGCCACGCAAUCAGGUCAUGUUUUGGCCUAUUAUAAUUUGGGAGUGAUGAAUGCCUAUGGUAUGGGAAUGCUGCGUUCGUGUCCAGCAGCGGUAGAAUUCUUCAAGACCGUGUCAGAGCGUGGACGUUGGAGCAGCCGAUUGAUGCACGCCUAUAGCGACUAUAAAGACAACCGCAUCGACGAGGCCUACAUGCAGUACUCGUUGAUGGCCGAAGUGGGAUAUGAGGUGGCACAAAGUAAUGCCGCCUUUUUACUAGACCGCAAGGAGGUGCAUGUGUUUAACGAUCGCCACGAAGAUCUGAUUCGUGCCUUCUACUACUGGAAACGGGCAGCCGGACAGGGCUACUCUGCGGCUCAAGUCAAGCUGGGCGAUUAUUAUUACUACGGUUGGGGUACAUCGACGGACUUCGAGACCGCCGCUGCGCUUUACAGGAAAGCAUCGGAUCAGCAAUAUAAUGCCCAAGCCAUGUUCAAUUUGGGAUACAUGCAUGAGCAAGGGCUCGGAAUGAAGAAGGACUGGCAUCUGGCAAAGAGAUUAUACGAUUUGGCUGCCGAGACCAAUUCGGACGCCAAAGUGCCUGUGGCCAUUGCGCUUUUCAAGCUACAAAUGCUCGCCACGAUUGAAUCAAUCAAGGAGUCACCUUACAGGUUCAUCUUCUACAUGGAUGAAAACAUUGCUGCCAAUUGGGACUUGUAUAUGAUCACCGUUCUGACUCUCCUGUUGGGCAUCAUCAUGUAUAUGAGGCGUCCAUUCCAACAGCCGGAUCAGCCGGCACAACAGCCAGCUGCAGAUGACAUUGCUGCUGCGCCAGUUAACUUGGCGCCGGUUGGAGCGGAAGCAGCUGCUGUAGCCGGAGUGGUCGAAGGUGUCGUUGAAAUGGGAGCCACACCUGCUACUGCAGCUUCAUCUUACGCUCCUGGGGCCACGUCCUCCGCUACGGAAACCUCAGAAAGCCCUGCGUCCAGUGCCGAUGCAGCGUCGCAAGGCGUGAGUGGCACGACAUCUGCGGCGCCUGAUGGCGCUAACACACUCGAUCCCACUGGUUAGUCUUAGUAAAUUGGUUAAUCAUCCCUCUAGGUUAAUUAGUGUGCGUGUAAAUAUUUAUCAUCUAAUUUCGCCCGAUGUAAUAUUUUUUAUUAAUUCUAAAACCGACCUUUUUAGAUAUUUAAAAAAUAUCGUACUCAGAUUGUAAAUGUUGUACUGAUAAACCAAUGAAUCGAUCGACAUUUGAUA